AAGAUGGACGUAUACGAGCACCGCAGGAAAGAUUGGGAGGAUUUCAAUGUGUCGCGAGAGGAAUUGAAAAACAUAACCGACUGUCUGAAAAAGAAGGAGUUUCGCAAGCUGUUAAUCGAAUACGCGGAGGACGUGGCCGACCCGGAUAAUAGGAAACUCUACGAAAAAGAGAUCACCCAGCUCGAGAAGGAGCGGGGCGUAGACGUGACGUUCGUUAACCCCGAGCCCGGUUACGUCAUUAAGACCAGUGUGAACGGCGACAGGAAGUGCUUUUUGAACAUCAGUAAGAACGACGUUGUCGCGCGUCCCACCAGUCAGCCUUCCUACGAACAGGGUCACCGUGGCCUGCAGUGGUCUAUUCCGUAUACGCUGAUACCACCCCGCUAUGACCUUGACAAGAAAAAUGUGCGAUGUGUGGUGUAUGACGUGGUCUUCCAUCCGGACACCAUCUACUUGGCAUCCAAGAACACGCGGUUCCGCGAGAUCGUUAAUAACACGGCUAUGGAUGGCGUGGAAAAUAAUUUUAAGGUGAAAUUGGACAGGAAGAAUCUGAAAUUUCCUAAGAUUAACUUCAAAGGGAUGACUCAUCCUACAGUGAUCAGAAAACCUUCGGAAACACCACCGACAGAACCAUUGGAUAUAGAACCAGAAAUCUAUCAGAAAAUAAUGUUGAGUUACGACGAAAGUCGGGAGAGCCAAUUAAAGCAGACGGAAGAAAAGCCGAAACGUGCCCCGCCAGCCACCACUUAUUAUAAGGACAAGCAACAGAAGUCUGUAGAUGAAAAAUAUGUUACACCUAAAUUUUCCAUAAAACAUCAGUCCGAUGUGGAAAUGGAAGAUUUUGUUUUAAGCCGAGAUGCAAAGAUGUUUGCCGCAAUCCCUAAAAAAUUGGUGAUUACCAUAAAUUUGCCCUUGUUGAAAAGUGCUAACGACGCAAUACUCGAUGUACAUGAACAAUCUCUUACCCUAAAAAGUGAAAAGCCUGCAAAAUAUUUGCUGGAUCUUCCAUUACCAUAUCCCAUAGAUGGAGAUAGUGGGAAUGCUAAAUUUGAUCCAAAGUACAAAAAAUUAAUUGUAACUUUACCAGUCAUUCGGUCAUUGGUACCAGUAGGUGAUACUGAUAGAGCAGAUAGUGGAGUUGACAGUGAUCAAAACAGUGCUGCAACAGUAAUGUCUAAGGAUGACGAAAAAAAUUUGUCUACUAACAAAAUAGAAUUAAUGAAAGAGUGCGAAAACGCGUGCAAAAAUAUAAAAUUUGAUAAAGAAAGUGAAGUAACAGAUAAGUGUGAAGAUACUGCCUUACGGACUAGUAAUAAGACAGAAAUCACUGAUGUAUUUAUGAAUCCUAAUUUUAAGUACAAUCUGCCUGCUUAUACUUGUAAUAUUUAUAAUAAUCAAUUAGCCAUUAUUAUAAAUGUAAAAAACGUAAAUCCAGAUGCAAUUCAUCACAAAAUUUUAGAUAAUAAUGUAGGAAUACAUAUCUUGCUAACAUCUAUGGGUACUGGAUUUUUUCCACAACAUUAUUCAUUGUGUCUUAAGAUAGGAAAUGGCUAUAUUGAACCAGAAACUCUUACAAUUGAACCAUGGGACAAUAACGUUGUUUUUAACAUCACGGUGAAGGAUAUUGAGAAUGUAACACAAUAUUUUGUUGGAGUGGAUACAGAAUUCAUGGAAGGAAAAGAUCUUCCUACAGCAGCGUCAUUCACGAGCAAAUUUAAAGAAUUAAUGUCCUCUCCAAAAGCUGAAUCUCAGGUAGAAAGGCAAAUCUCCGUACAACCGCAAGAUGAUGGUAUUGUUAUAAAUAUUCAUCCAAAUCAGCAGGAUUCUGAUGACGAAGAAGAGUAUGAGGAAAAUGCAAGAGUUGUGAAACGGCGACAAGAGAAAAAGCACAUUGAGAAAGUCAGAUCAGUUUCAGAAAGCAGUGGAGAUGAAUUGGCAAGCAAUAGCAGCAAUAGCAGUGUGAGACAUUCGAAAGGAAUAUUAAAGUCACGUCGCGCCCGCGAUUUUUCACGUUCCAUGUCUGAAUCGAGUGCGGACGAAAACAGCCUACCUGCAUCAUGCACAGAUUAUCAUUAUGACGAUCAUUACGAUUCCGUACAUGAUAUCAAUUCUGAAUCAGAUUGUUCCAGUUUGAAAAAGACUGUACGAUUUAAUGAUGUUGUUUCACGACAAUUAUUUAGAUCUAAUUCGAGUAUUCUUGGACAACGAAAGAAGAACCAACGUAAACUGCGUAAUAAGAAACGCGCGCAUGAUCGUCGACUAAGCGAAAGUGAAAAUUCUGAAACCGAAGAACGUGACAAAUAUAAAGUAGAUUAUAAGCGGUCUCCGAAUGAGGAAACUUCCGAGAACGUAAAACCCAUACUUGCACGAGAUAAACGAGAUUCGCAACAACAAAGAACCGCCAAUAUUGAAAUUGUGAAAUCGAAUACUGAUGACAAACAUUCUUUACAUAAGCGUAAUUCUAGCUUCGAGGAAAAACCCACCGAAGAUGUUCAAGCCGAUAUUUCGAUUAAAACCACGAAAGAUGCAGUUCACUUGGAAUUUAAGAACGAUCUGAUAUUUGAUCUCGAUAUGUAGAAACGUGAUUAUAAGGUAAUUAUGUUAUGCAUAAUGUGAUAGAUGUGAUAGAGAAUGUUAUCGCGAUUCUUUUUAGCAACUCUGGUAAUCGGUAAAAUAAUGAGUUUUACCUGAUAAUGGAAAUUUAUAUAUAUAA